CCUGCUGUGGAGACUACAGGCAGUACUGUUCCAGAUCUCCCCUUACUCAGGAACUAUGAUGGUGGAAGUGUCUUCUCUAUCCUCAAUGCCACCUUCUAUCCAAGCAAGCAAGAGCAGCUCACCUGCAGGUUCAGGGGUGAGAUAGAGACAGUGGGCUACACAGACGGAGAAGGCAGAGGUUACUGUGUCUCCCCCUUACUGUUCCAGAGUGGAUGGCUUCCCUUUGACGUCUCUACAGAUGGACGGAACUUCAACAGUUCUGGAGAAUACCUGUCAGUUCACCCAAGUAAAAUGGACGCUGCAUUUAAAGUGACGCUGGUGAAUUCAACGCAGUGGCAAUACUACGGCACCCCCAACACAGCUGGAACACUGAGGAUGACAUGGAGCCCUUCUCUGAUUGGAGACAAGGACAGAGUCAACAUAGAACUAUGGGGGUACAGAGAGGUCAAUACCUCUACUACUGAUACUACAUGGGAGGAAGAGUUGCCCCCCCUGAGGGCAGAAUGGAUCUACCUGUACUCUCUCGGUAAAGGCCUGGCCAACAGCGGCAGUUUCAGCUUCACCCCCAAGUCUUCCGAGAAGCCCUACUCUGACUGGGAGGUGGGGAGUGUCAGAGUGAGCUCCAGUAUCUACUCAGAUGGAGCCAGGAACGUCAAGGCUGUGUGGAGUGGGGRCCAUGCCUUGGCCUGGCACCUGGAGGAGGCCUUCAGGCAGGACUCAGCAGCCUGGGCCCUGGACAGGUGCCUGGCCUGGGACGUCCUGGAGCAGAGUCUCCCUAACUUCCUGYAGGAGGUGGUGGACUGUCCCUGUACCCUGGCCCAGGCCCGCGCAGACACCGGCAGGUUCCAUACUGACUACGGCUGUGACAUGGAGAAGGGGAGUGUGUGUACCUACCACCCUGGUUCUGUACACUGUGUCCGAGCCGUACAUGCAAGCCCUGUGUACAGAGCAGGACAGCAGUGUUGCUAUGACAGCACGGGGGCCCAGGUUCUGACAGGGGACUCGAUUGGAGGCAGCACCCCAGAUCGGGCCCACGACUGGGGCUCCCCUCCCUACAGAGACCCCCCUCGGAUCCCCAGCCUUUCCCACUGGAUGUACGACGUCCUGACAUUCUACUACUGCUGUCUGUGGUCUGACCACUGCCAGGUGUACUUCACACACAGACCCUCCAGCGGCUGUAGACACUACACACCACCUACAGCUGGUGCAGUUCUAGGGGACCCUCAUUUUUUAACGUUUGAUGGUGUGAGGUACACCUUCAAUGGGAAAGGAGAGUACUACCUGGUUCUCUCACCAGACAGAGGGCUCAGUGUUCAGGGCCGGACAGAGCAGGUGAAACUAGAGAACGGUACAUUAUCCAAGGCUACCAGGCUAUCGGCGGUGGCUAUGAGGGAGAGGAGCUCUGAUGUCAUAGAGGUGCGCCAGGCAGAGCAGCAGAACCGGCUGGAGGUGUUGAGGAACCAGCAGGUCCUCUCCUUCACAGAGCAGUCAUGGAUGGACCUUCAUGGGGUGUUCCUGUACUCCCCAACACCCCAGAACGUGACCGUCAUGUUCUCCUCUGGCGUGGGGGUGGAGGUACGGGGGCGAGAGGGGGGCGCCAUGGCCCUCACCGUGCUGCUCCCCUCAAACUACACCAACCUCACCCAGGGCCUGCUAGGACAGAUGAACUCUGACCCCUUAGAUGACCUCCUGACCAGCCUGGGAGGUGUCYUCUCCCCAGACAACACCAGUCCUGAGGAAAUCUUCACCUUCGGAGCCAGCUGGAAAACCUCCAAUGAGACGUCUCUGUUCACUUACGACACUAAGUACCUGUUGGACACGUACUACUACGUGAAACACGACCCAGCCUUCGUCCCGGCCUUCUCUGUGUCCGAAGACCCAGCUGACCCUCUGGUGGGGGACAUGCUGAAGAUGUGUUUCGGUGAGGGGUCCCAGUUCUGCAAGUACGACACCCUGAGCACCCGUAGUCUGGUUGUGGGUAACGCUACACUCCUGUCCUUCAAAAGUCACCAGACACUCAUGCAGGACCUGGAGGCUGUGGUGUCCUGUGGGUGGCUGGCCUCUCCGAGGUACGGUGAGAAGAUAGGUACACGCUACCUAGAGGGUUCGACAGUGAGCUUCACCUGUAACAGUGGCUUCGUUCUGUAUGGAUCACCAGAACGCACCUGUCUACCCAGCGGAGAGUGGACUGGAGAGGAAGCCUCCUGUAUCUCUGAUAAUGUCCUAGGAGUGGUGCUGGGUUCUGUGUUUUCCAUAGCUACUCUGAUAACCAUGGGGGCGAUGGUCAAUCUACACUUCAGGAAACAGAAAAGAGAAAGACAAGAGAGGCUGGAUGGAAAGGUGAUAUUUGAACAGAGUUGAUGUCCUCCAGUGUAACUCUCCCUGUCCAGGAUAUUUUUAAAUGAACCUACAAUUGCAUCACCCUUAAGCUGGCAUCAACAUGCACUAAUGUAGGUGCAAAUUAUGUUUUCUACACCAUGUAGAAUUUUUGUCGAUCAGGGAUAAUGCAUUAUCUUCAUGGUGUAGUACAUGUGUACAUUGCACUGUAGAUUACUUUAAAUAACGGUCUGUAAAUGAAGGCUUACAGAGCAGGCCUGCUUGGUUUGUUCACGGUCUGUAAAUUAAGGCUUACAGAGCAGGCCUGCUUGGUUUGUUCACGGUCUGUAAAUGAAGGCUUACAGAGCAGGCCUGCUUGGUUUGUUCACGGGACUUUUCCUAGGACCAAAUGUUAUGUUCUUUUGCCGGGAAACAAUAUUAUGUGAAUACUUUGAGGUCUAUGUUAUCACUCCAUGUUCCUAUUAACUUAGAAUGGUCCCAGAUGUACACUCUCUUAGGUGUUUAGAGUCAAUCUCCUGAUCGUUUUAAAAGGUUGAAUGACUUUGACCAGUAAUAUAGCUCAUGUGUGUGAGCUCACUGCCUUUGUUCAUUCCAUUCAAUGGUUGAGAAAAAGUCAUUCGAAAGAACAUGCCACCAAAUGGCUGACAAUUGCACAACCCAAGGGGUGUGCUCAUGCUUUUUCUAUCUUCAAAUGAAGUAUUGAAUAAUGAAUAGAUACUGUGGUACAAUAAUAUUUGAAUGUAAUUCAUUAAAGGGAAAUAAAUACAAUUGUGAAAGUAUGGCUGUGAA